GAAUCGUUGCGUAGAGAGUUUCAAAAUCUUCUGGACUCUUCCCGGUCCGAGCAGAAGUGUCUUUGGGCUUUUGAGGUCAAUACAGAUCACCUUCUUACCUCAAAUAAGUUCAAUAAAGUGUGCUUUGAAGGGUAUGCAUGAUCGCUGGUUGACCACGAAAACGACAAUUUGCUUGGCCUGCUGCGAGUGAUCUAUGCUAGUGAAGACCGGUGCAUAGGGUUCAUCACCAUAUAGGUGUCAGCCAUUUUUUGUCGAUCGCAACGCGAGGAGAGCGGUGAUAAUUUUGCAACGCACCGUGAGGAAUUUCACGAAUUUCUCGCCAUUUUCUCCCGAUUCGGUGGUGAUCACGAAACGUAGGCAAAAUACUUUCGAACGAAUAUAUUACGGAAUCGUUUCUGGUGGAUGUUUAAUAUUGCCAACUCAGGAAAUCAAAACAUCAACCAACCAUUUGAGAUUCGAUAAGCAAAAAUUACUUGCUUCACGAACGUCGGCGGAAAAGGUGAAAAAUUGCUUCCAAUGCGUGUAUGCACUGCGGUAAAAACAGUGAAAAGCAAAUAUCAACUUCACUUGAACCAUUCUGACUAUAAAUAAUGAAAAGAUAUUUUUAGUUUAACAACACUAGCAUACAAUCAGCCGGACGCGUGCUAGAGUCUAGUCAGCGGGGAGCGAAGGAACGCGAAGAGAGAUACCAAAAAAUAAAACAACAGGGCGGGAGGAAAUGAAAUGGCCUGCCGCGAUCACUAACAUUGGAAAACAAGGUGUGCGGCGAUCGUUUCGGAAUUCGAAUUUCCAUCAGUGAUGCAAGUGAAUGUCCUACACAUGGUUAAAAUAGAACUACGUACACCGAAAAAAUCAUAACUCGAGUGAGACGCGUAGGCGCAAAAAAAAUUAAAAUCAUUCGAAAUCAACCGAUGUAUAAAUGCCGAUGUAAAUGCUAGACGAAAGCAAAACAAACCAACGAAGGAAAAACAACAGGAAAACUGUGGCGCGUCGAUGAAAUGUAACAAAAAUAAGACAAAACAGUCUCUUGCGAGAAGCCGGAAAAUAGUUUGAGUGAGUUGACAAGUCGUUCGCGUGUGCGUGUCUUAAAGUGACACGAUUUUUCCAAAGCCUGACAACGUGGUUCGUGAAGGUUCGUGAUUUUAUUCUCGUAAGGUGAGAUUGAGGUUACGGUUUGAAAUUACCUGAAAUUAUGGGCCUGGAAGGGGCACAAACGAGACAAAAUGGAUCAAACGGGUUGUACUCGUCGUCGAUGCAUUGGUACUAUUUGCCGAACGUUGAUCACUCGAGUGAAUCGAUACAGCCAAACUCGAAACUACUGCCACCUCUUUGGAGCCCAUUCCCUACUUCGCAAAGCUAUUCCAACGGUGGGACCGAUUCAAUUUCGCCACUAGCCGAAACCAUCAAUGAGUUGUGUGAGCAGAUUUCCGACCUAAGUCUGUUUGGUCUAGGCCAAAGCUAUACAUCUACGCAGUUGGGCAGCUCGAAUGUCAGCAGCAAUAGAUAUUCAAAUAGAUCAGGGUGCUUUAAUAGUUACGGGAACGAUGCCGCAUGUGGACGAGGUGGAGGUGGUGGUGGCGGUUGUGGCGGUGAUUGCACUAGUGGCACCAGGUUAAAUGCGUUGAUAGGGAGUGGCGGAGGAUAUUCGGAAGGUGGAUGUGAUGGGUCAUUGGUCAAUUAUCAGCAUAAUUGUCAGCAACAUCACGGCCAACAGCAUCCUCUGCUUACUGUAAAUGGCCAACAAAAUCAAAAAUAUAGCAAGAUACCACCGGCUAAUUAUUUAUGUCAUCUGUGUUUCAAGAAGGGCCACUACAUCCGGGAUUGCCCACAGGCUCGUCCCAAGGCCGAAGGUAAGACUCCAUAUCAGGGUAAGAAACGUUGUUUUGGGGAAUACAAGUGUCCCAAGUGCAAAAGGAAGUGGAUGUCGGGGAACUCAUGGGCCAACCAUGGUCAAGAAUGUAUUAAAUGCCACAUCAAUGUAUAUCCUCAUAAACAGCGACCACUGGAGAAACCCGAUGGCCUCGACGUUUCUGAUCAAUCUAAGGUACAUCCACAGCUGUUGUGUGAGAAAUGUAAGACACUUGGAUAUUACUGCAGAAGAAUCCAGUAGAUGUCGUGUUAUGUUUGUGCAAUCGAAUAAGUUGAAUCAGUACUUGAACCGUUUUGGACCAUCAUUCGCAUUAUUUUCUAUAACAUUUAAAACAAAUAAAAGUUGUUUGUAAGUUUAUUACAAUCAUUAUUCACGAUUUGUGUGAGUCAUACGUUACGAACAGAAAUAAGCAAAGUGCCAUAACGUUUUUAAACGAUCGACUAUUAAUAACGCUCAGCUGCCAGUUGAAUGAAACUGAUCUGUAUAUAAUAAUGCUCUAUCGAACUAUUUAAUAUGUUUGUACCGUUUUUACUACCGAUGCAUUAUAUAAAUAUAUUGGAAGAAAGUCAAAUUAUCAUAUAUUACUGAGCAACGCAGGAUUUUACUUAUCGAAAAUUGUUACCGUACUAAAAAGCAAGUUAUGUGCCAAAUAAAAUGUUUUACUAUA